GGCGGGGGGCCGGCCGCCCGGGCUGGACGUGCUGCCGGGUCGAGGCGCGCCGGGCGGCCGGGGCCGGGCUCUGCUGCCACUGCUGGCAGCGCUCGCCUGGUUCUCGAGGCCUGCCGAGGCGGAGCAGGAGCGGGAGCGGCGGGGAGCCGGCGGGGACGCGGCUGAGGACGCGGCGGCCGAGGCGGAGGCCGAGAUUGUGCAGCUGCUGAAGCGAGCCAAGUUGAGCAUAAUGAAAGAUGAGCUGGAAGAGGCAGAGCUGCUUCUGCAUGACGCUCUUCGCCUUGCCUUUAAGAGCAACAACAAGAAGGCCGUCACCUACACUUACGACUUGUUUGUAAUUUGCUUUCAGAUGGCUAACCUAGCGUUUAUACGGGGUCAACUUGAAAAUGCGGAAAAGCUUUUUAAAGCAACCAUGAGUUACCUGCUCGGAGGGGGCAUGCAGCAGGAAGACAAUGUGAUCAUUGAAAUCUCCCUAAAGCUGGCCAGUAUUUACGCUGCUCAGAAUAGACAGGACUUGGCUCUUGCUGGCUAUGAAUUCUGCAUUUCAACUCUAGAGGAAAAAAUUGGAAGAGAAAAGGAAUCAGCAGAAGACGUCUUGUCAGUGGAAGAGAAGGCCGACACCCAGCUCCUCCUCGGCAUGUGCUUAGACGCCUGCGCGCGCUACCUGCUGCUCUCCGAGCGGCCGUCGCGGGCACAGAGGAUGUACGAGAGAGCCCUGCAGAUUUCUGAAGAAAUCCUAGGAGAAAGACACCCGCAGACCAUUGUGCUGAUGAGUGACCUGGCGACCACCCUGGAUGCGCAGGGCCGCUUUGAUGAGGCCUGUGUUCAUGCGCAGAGGGCAUCGGAUCUGGCGAGGCAGAUGGAGCAUCCUGAGCUUCACGUGCUGCUCAGUAAUCUGGCUGCAGUCCUCAUGCACAGAGAACAAUACGCACAAGCAAGAGAACUCUACCAGGAAGCCCUGAAGCGAGCGGAGCUGCGGAGAGAUGAGCUUUCCGCCCAGCACAUCAGGGAGGAGCUGGCCGAGCUGGCGAGGAAGAGCAGGCGUCUGCUGUAGUCUCCGCAGGCCCCAGGCUGCCCCCGUGGUAACAGCUGGGACUCCAGGCUCAGGGCGCCCAGAUCAGCGGCUUCAGUCCUUGGUCCUUGACACUCAGGUUCCCUCAGCGUGGUCCUGGGGAGGACGAGCUGUUGGGCACUGCUACUCUUGUUUUUUAGAGAAAACUUUGACCCCCAACUGGUUUUGCUUCUAAGGGUGGGUGUCAGUUGGUGCUUGCAGCUGGGGCCCGCGGUUGGUGGGGUGCUGGCCCGCCUGACUGCAGGCGAAGGGGGCGGGUCACCCAGGCAUCUCGCUGGAGGUUCAGUCCAUUGAUUGGCUGCCACCUCUUCUCUGACGUUAUCAAUACCUGGCAGACAGCGCUCCCUGCCUCUUGCCCAGGGGGACUGUGGUGAGUUACCUUGUCUUCUAGUCUUUCUCAUGAAGCCCAGGGUGGGGUCUGACGCAGAAAGGAGGGCAGAUGGUAUCUUGGCUUGCCGCCAGGUUUUAAAGUGGGAAUUAGCACUUGAAAGCGUAGCACCCAUUUGAUUUUAUAAAUGAAAGUCGGUCAUUGGUUUCUGUGAAGGUCUGGGUAUAUACAACCGUGAGGAAAGGGAUGAGAGCCUCCUGCUGCCCGUCUCUGAGCACCCGCUUCUCCACCCCUCGGCCACGCGCUGUCUUCGGAGCGUGCUGCCCGGGCUGCACCCCAAACCUCUGCCUCAGACUGGAGCCCUCGGGCUGUGAGCCCCACCCCCCACCCAUAAUCCCGACACGCGGUCCCCUGACCUGGGCCAGGCCUUGGCUGUCUGGGUUCAGGUCUGUGUCCUCCUGUGUGAAGGAAGGAGCAGGUGCGAUCCUCUCUUGGCCGUGGGGGAUGGAUCUGGCUGACGGCCUGAAGUAGACAGGCUGCUGUGUGGAGAGGCCUUUAGCCCACUGCCUCAGAGGAUGUGCAGUGUAGAAACGCAGGUGCAUAGACGUCUUCACCCCAGCAGGUUUGCGGCUCCUCUGGGUACCACGAAGGGGCGCCAUUACUGCUCGGAUGCCGGUGGGGUGUGAGCGGGAGGGAGAAGCUGGUAUUCCUGGUUCCUGUGUACAUACUGGAAGAAUCUUUUUAUAAUAAACUGGAGACUCCACAGCC